AAUUCGAUAUGCAAUUCUGCCGAUAUUUUGGAACGGCGGAAUCUUCCACUGUUGGCGAAAACUGUCCUGGCUCUCAAUAAAUUCAGUCCAUUGAAUGUCAUUGGACGAACAAUAACAACAACGACAGCAACUGCUACCACUACAACAUCAACAACAACAAAAACAACGACAAAAGCGACAGCAACAGCAACUCAGACUAACGUUUGA